AUCAUCUUUAUAAUAAUAAAAUAGAUGCUCCAAAAUUUCCAGAAGACACACUAACUAAUUCAAAUAAUGUUAUUACAAAUGAAUAUUCUGAAAAAAAUUAUCAAGAUAAUAAUAUUAAAUUAAAUAAUAUUGAUGAUGAUAAUUUUACAAACAAUGAUUUCUUUUUAGAAUCUAAUAAAAUUGAAAGUAUUAUAAAUGAACAAGCAUAUGAUAACUAUACAGAUAAUAAUACAGAAAUAAGUGAAAAUUUUAUUAUGAAAAAUUAUAACACAGAAAUUAAUCUAACACCUUAUGAAGUACAUGAAGCUCUAAUUAUUUCAGAAUUUCUUGAAACACAUAAAACACAAUUAACUAAAGUAGGAUUAAAGUUAUUACAUGAAACUCUAAAUCCAAAUCAACUUGUUGCCUUUUUUAGAAAUAAUCAUUUUAAUACACUCUUCAAAUAUGAAAAUAAACUCUUCAUUCUAGCUGCUGAUAUUUCCUUUCUACAUCUAAGCUGUACAUGGGAACUUUUUGAUAAUGUUGAAAAUGAUACCUCCUAUUUUGAUAAUAAUUUUGAAUGCUUAGCAAACCAAAAAACAGAUAAAAGAGAUCUUAAUCAUUCUAUUAUUUAUUCAAGAAAUCUUGAUAAAAGUACUGCAAGAAAUAAUAUUUAUUGUUUAAGGUCUAAUGCUACUAUGAAUAAUAAUAAAAAAAAAAAAAAAAAAAAAUGCACCAUCAUGUGA